AUGGUUACAGUCAGACUUCUAUGUUAUCAACCAAACGGUUCCAUUAUCAAUGAUUUGGUGGAAGAGUUGAGUGAAGAGAUCCAAAGUCUUCGCAAAGAGUUGUCAUUUGAGAGACAAUUGAAUGAAAUGUUAGAAAAUAUCGCAAAAUAUUCAUUAAAGACAACUCUCGAAGAACUCAACCAAUUGUCACCACAAGAGGUCCACAGACUUGAAGAACUCGAGAGCGAACUCAAUGUCAUUAUCAAUGAAACACAACACAAGAGGAAGUGGUUUCCCGAAGACACACCAUUUCGAGACAAUCCAAGACUCGGAUCAGAUGUCAACACACGUGUGGAUCACAUGACUGUCGGCACUACUGGUCGGCCGCUAAUUGAAAGACAAACACAUGAUAUGAAUGAAGACAUUAAUGGAUCAGAUGAUGACAUAAAGCCUGUACUGACACCAGAAAGCGAUUGCAUUUCAUUGUCUUUCACUCAAGAGUUGGCCGAAGAGAUGUCGAGUAUUGACAACACUGUAGACAAUGUGUCGAUUGUCUCGAAGACAUCACUUGUAUUGAGUGGUAAUAGAGUUCCCGAACAACAAAACAGAGGCAAUCGUUUGUGUCUGCAGUCUAAGAGUAUUCAAAGACUGAGACAAUUGUCGGCACAGAAGAGGAUGUGUUCAUCGAAAGCAUCCAAAGAAAGUCCAGUUCAGUGUUCGUUCACAUCAUGUGAUCAAUCGUUUGAAACACUGUCUGAAUAUCACAAACAUUUGGAUGAAAUUCACUGCAAAUAUCGGUGUAUUGUUUGCGCGAAGAGUUUUGCGGACAAAGAGUUGUUAGAAAUACACCAAACGUUUUGUCGACCGAUUGUCUCUCAAUCAUCACUGAAGAGGAAGUCGUGUCCAGAAGAAGACAAUAGUAUUGAAGAGAUCGUUGUCUCAAAUAUUGACAUCACUUUAGACGACACUAUUGAUGACAAUAUGAACGACACGAUUGUCACCACAAGUACUCCACAAAUAAAACCAGCGGACAAUUCGCCGGUUGUGUCCACACAGUUGUCGACAUCACAGGCAAAGAGUGGUAAAACUGUUUCCGAAGACACGACAGACACUCAUAUCUGUACGAAAUGUUUGAAAACUUUUGAAACUCUGAAAGAACUGGUGUCUCACCAGCGGUGGUGUCGUCUGAAGACAUAUCAAAUUAAUCGAUACAAGUGUUCAUUCAUAUCAUGUAAUCAAUGGUUUAAGACUUUAGAUGAAUAUCACAAUCAUUUGCGAGAAAUUCAUUUGAAACACAAGUGUAUUGAAUGCCAGAAGUUCUUCGCGUCACCGGAACUGCUCUCAAAACACCAAAUAUCUUGUGAACGAAAUGUUGUGUUAAAGAGGUUUGAAGUUAUAAAGCAAAAUACAGACAAUAAUCAGGUGAUGGAAACUUUGGACAACUCGUGUUUAUCGAAAUCAACCGGUGGUCAACUGAUCCAAACGAAGAGACAAUUAUCUCGGGUCAAGAAAUCAAAUCAAUUGGAUUUCACUCAAUGUCAAUGCAUAAUAACAGGUUGUGUCCAUCGGUUUAAGACAGUAGAAGAAUAUAACAGUCAUUUAGUAGAAGAACACAAGUCAUGUCCAGUCAUACCAUCGGAUGGCUCUUCAUAUCAAUGCAUAUUCACGUCUUGUGGGCAACGGUUUGAGACAUCGGAUGAAUAUAACAAACAUUUGCGUGAAAUUCAUUUGAAACACAAUUGCAAUAAAUGCCAGAAAGUGUUCGCAUCACCGGAUCUGUUGACUAAAUACCACUCGUGUCCACCAAAACCAUUCAAAUGUCCGAUUGAUUGGUGCGACCGAUCGUAUCAAUCGGAGUCUCAAUUAACAGAUCACGUGAACAAACACAACGGUCUUCGGCCCUAUCGAUGCACUCACGAGGACUGUGGCCGUGAGUUCCUGCGGCCUCACGAUCGGCGCCUUCACAUGAAAACAGUCCACUCGUUCGUAGCCGACGACGAAUCCAAACUAAAGCAGUUCCCGUGUCCUCACGACGGUUGCGAUCGGAUCUGUAAAAGUUUGGCUGAUUUGAGAAAACACGUGCAGACCGUGCACUCGACCCGCGAGUAUCGGUGCGAUUGGCCCGGAUGUGAACACAUCACGCAUACAGAGUAUUUACUAAACACUCACCAACGCGUCCACAGCGACGACAAGCCGUUUAAGUGCGAGUGGAAGGGAUGUGACUUCAGGGGUAAGUUUCAGUCCACAAUUUGGUAUCACAGACAACGCGCACACAUCACUGAUCGGCCGUUCGCAUGCGAUUGGCCGCAAUGUGGCCGACGUUUUAAAGUAAAAUUCCGUUUGAAGGCUCACCGCUCUGUUCACAAAGGAUUGGUACCACCGACGCCUCAAUCGGGUACACAUCCGCCGACAGCCGAAGACUAUGUAUGCGCUCACGAAGACUGCGGCCAACGGUUCGCCACUAAAAUCCAAUUUGAUUGUCACGUGAGAGCAGAGCACCCGAUGGACCGGCCGUUUGCGUGCGAUUACCAAAACUGUGGCAAACGAUUCAAAACCAGAAAUCAUUUAAUGCAUCACAAAAGGGCAGUUCACACAACUGUCGGCCAUCACAUCCGGUGCCCGAAGCCGGGCUGUGGCCGGACCUAUAAAACUAAUACAGAUUUGAGAAAACACGUGAAGACAGUGCACACGAACCGUGAGUAUCCGUGCGAUUGGCCCGACUGUCAGUUCCGGACACAUACACAGUCACUGCUAGACAAUCAUCGACUCAUUCACAGCGACGACAAGCCGUACGCGUGUGAUUGGCCCGCAUGUGAGCACAGGUGCCGAAGUACUUCUCAACUUUGGUCCCAUAAAAGGACUCACGACGACAACAAACCGGUGGCCUGUGAUUGGCCCGGAUUUUCGUUGUCCACCAGUUCUCCCAUUCAGUCAUUAGAAGUGAAGUUAACUUUCUCUUCGCGAAGGAUUGAGGGAAGCGAUCGUAAACCACUUCAUGCACUUCAUUGGCACUCAUGUCGGCACCACUUCUGGCCAAUUGGUGGGCCCUCUCAUUUCCAGCGACACCUGAAUGGCCUCUAA